AUGACGCUGAAACCAGUGGCAUUAUUGGCAUAUGUUGUAGGCGUUGUGACAAUAUUUCAUUACAAGCUGGUCCCCAAAUUGUUGACGGACGAGCAAAAGGCCAAUCGAGUGUUGAUCGCGAGUGAAUUGAAGGAACGUGUGGAAAUUGAACCUCAUGUUAUUACCGGUGAUGAAACGUGGACAUUUGAGUACGACCCAGAAACGAAGCGCCCGAGUGCUGAAUGGCACACCUCGUCUUCCCCGAAGCCGAAGAAGGCGAAGAUGAGCAAAUCCAAAGUGAAAACAAUGCUCAUCGUCUUUUUCGACGCCAAGGAGAAGGGCGGUGCCCAUCCAUGCAUAGUGUGCAAAGCACAGCUGGACAAGUUUCUGCAGUCACGCCCUUUGCCCCGGUCACAUGCGCAACAGUAUGGGUUGAAGGAAGAAGAAGUGACUCCAGGUGCACGGGUAUGCAACACGUGCCGUUGCAAGUCUGUACGCAACCGUUACACACAGUGCCCCCUACCUACUUGUCCAAAUGCAAAGGGCAGGAUCAAGCGACUAAGGCCUCUGCCUGGCAAAUGGACUGAACUUCCACCUGAGGUCAAGGACCCAAUCAUUGCAGAAUUUCAAAUACCAGCACAGGUGAGCAAAUGCUGCUUAGCGUGUUUCAACCGUAUUACACGGCGUUUGGCACCACAUCUUCAGGACCCUGCUAGUGCACAAAGUGAAGACGGCGACCAUGGCAGUUCUCAGCAACUGCGCUGGACUGAGGAAGAGACAGAGGCUGCCAAGUGUGCCAUACGUGAGCAUGGGACCAACUGGGCUAAAGUUGCAGAGAAGGUUGGGUCUAACAAGACUCAGCACCAGUGCAAGAACUUCUACUUCAACUAUCGCAAGAAACUUGGAUUGGACAAUUUGGUACAAGAGUACAACAAGAAGCAUCUGGGCGAGGAGAGAAAGCCUACAGUGACUGAUGAGGAGGAGUCUGGUUCAAGUACAUCGUCAUGCGAUGAACUGACACCUGGUGGCAUUCCACGUGAUAACAGUGAUACAGACAGUGCAGCCUCACCAGGAAACCAAGAACACACGGAUGAAAAAGUUGGUCCAAGUGGAGGUGCAGUAGAUGGCAAACAUGGUGAACAAGACUUGGCAAACAGUGGCAAUGGCAGUAGCAGUGGUCCCGGUUCUGUGGCAACACUAAGAGUUCUUGAUGGUGAAGGAAGAGCUCAAGGACAGCAAGGCCCAUCUUCCCAGGUCAAUGCUCCUGUAAAGGAGGACUAUGAUAGUUCUGCCACAGAAACUGCAGAUGAAGGUCAGGGUGGAGCUGAAGGAGACUCUAGACAGUCCCCCAAGAACAUAGGCAGUGCUGUUACUUAUGCUCCAUCUAUUUCAGUGACUGUUAGUCAGUCACAGUCAUCAACACAUCAAGGAGAUCAGGUGAAUGGACCUUCAUCUCCACAAAAUGAGCGAUCUGUGAAGGAGCUGAUGCUUGGUAUGAUAGAGAUGCAGAUCAAAAAGAACCCAUGUGGUCAAGGUGUUAAUGCAGCGGUGAAUGUGGUGACCAGUGAAGGGACACCCACAAUCUCAUCAAUUCUCAAGACAGAUCAUCGGACAGAUCUGCUUCGACCUUCAUCAGAUAUUUCCAGAGACAUCACCUUUGUCCGUGAAUACCGAGCAGAUACUAAGCAGCAGCAGUCUUUGAGAGUGCAGCUACCUCAGGAAACAUCCAUAGCGACACUGUCUGUUGUUAAUUCACAUCAUCAUGGCAAUAAUGUGCCAGGAAACACUUCUCUGCCACAGCAGCACCUGACGGUUCCCAGUAGUGGGGCAUCUGGUGCAGCCAUUCUGCAGCAUGUCCCUCAGAUGCAGGCUACCAUUACACCUUGCUCUACCACACCUAAUGACGUGCCUCGGGAGGGACUUGUUGUAGUCCAGGUCCAGCAAGUGCAAAGAGAACGAAGUGAGAGGAAUGAGAGGAGUGAGAGGACUGAACCAGAAGGAGUGACCCUUGACUUGAGCAUCAGAAAACCACGUGAAUGCAGUCCUAGUUCGAUGGCCACCAGUCCAAUGGGGCCACGUGGUGAUUCACCAUACCACCCACACCUGCCCCAACAUCGGGAUUCACCAUCACUGCCUGCUCACACCACACUACAUAGCAUCCCUCCGCCUGCCCAUAAAUCUGGCCCCCACCAUCCACCACCCCCAUCUGUCACUGUAUAUCGCACUGACACUGGCUACUAUCCUCACCAGGUGGUGGUAUCUACCGAGCAGCUUCGGAGUGUUUCAAAAUCUCCAUCUGUAUUUGUUUCUGCCGUCCUGCCACAUUCAGAUAGCCGUGCAGGUGGGAGUUCUGUUUGUGGUGGCCCAACUCCUCAUCUGGUUAUGAACCAGCAACCACCUGCCUCCAGACCUGGGCCUCAGGGACCCAACACCAAACUAACUAAGGUACCUUCAUUGCCCCCAAAGCUGUCUCCGAAGCUGCCCCCUGUUGGUACGAAGACUGGUUCGAUUACCCAUGGCACACCCGUGUCUUCAUCUGCAUCUCUUAUGAUGGGUGGGCCAGCUUCAUUACAUCAGCAGCCUCGGUAUGAGGGUUUGCUUCGUCAGAUGACACCUCCACAACAGCAAGGAAAAGAAGGGAGUGCACUGAGUGGAUCUAUCACUCAUGGUACUCCCGUCCAUCACACUCAGCACCACUUAGCACCAGACAAACGUGCUGAUAGGGGUGGAUUGCCAUUAGUAUCACAAGGACAGGGACCUGUGUAUGACUAUUAUAAAAGACUGUCACCUGCUACUGUAGCUCAGAAUUCUGGAAGCAGUUCUGCAGGAUCCACAAAUAGUAGUGGACAGCCGGGGUAUUCGCCCUACCAGCGAGAGGCUCAAGCUCCACAAACUACCUCAGCUGGAGCUUUUACCUCUCCUUACCCACAUCAGUCAACACGGACAUCUGCCUCAUAUGUUAUUGAUCAACAGCGCCAGAUCAUAAUGAAUGAUUAUAUCACGUCACAGCAGAUGCAUGGUACUCGCAGAGUACCUCCAGGAUCUAAUCCACCUUCAUCAGAGAAAUCUCAACAGGACUCACCAUCACCUCGUGGCAUCUCAUCAUCUCCUCACUACUAUGCCACUGCAACUGCACCUUCAGUGUACCUGGCAGCUGAUGGAAGGUUGCCACGAUCAUCACCAGCAAAUGCUGUGGGCAUGGAACAACCACAAACACCUCCACAUCACACUCCUCCCCCACCAGCACGCCAGGGUGUUAUACACUCCACACCCAGGCACAAUGCAGUACCAUCUAGGCCCCCAAGCAGUGGAAAUGGUGGCAACCCGAAACCUCCAUCUCCAGCUGCAUCGCCACAUCAGCGACUUCAUCAUCUAACACCACAUCAUCCCCAGCAUCAUUCCCAUCACUACUCUGCACCUGGUCAGCCACCACCAGGCCAUGAGGCAUUUUCUUCUCUAGUGGAUGUAGCUGUCCAGCAGCCCAGUUUGCCUGUCCCUCACAAGGAAUCAGACAAACGCCAGCAACCUCAACAUCUUCUUCCUCCACAUCACCCUCACCAUCAUGAGGGUCUUGGGAAGACUAUGGCUGAUUCCCUGAACAGUACUCGCAUGUUGACUGAUCAUCACCAGAUGCAAGAACGAGAAAGAUUUUCCAUCUCUCGUGAACAGCGUGAACGCGAAGCACAUCAUUCUGCCGAGCAGCAGCGAUUUGGAGCAGUAAGAGAAAGCCAUGCUGAACAGCAAAGGUUUGCUGCUGCUGCAAGAGAAGGCCACCAUCCAGAUCGGUAUAGUCAGUCUACAAGAGAGAGGGAGCAAGAGCAGCAGCAGCGCCUUGUGGCCACAUCAAGGGAUCGAGAAAGAGACCGUGAAAACCAUCAGAUCCAGCAACACAGGGAGUUGCAACAACAGCAGCAAGUACAUCUGCAGCAACAGCUCCAUCAGCAGCAGCAACAACAGCAGCAAGCAAGGUUAUCUGCUGUAGAGUUUGAUCAGCGGCAACAGAGGCACCAUCAGCAUCAGCAGCAGAUCGCUUAUCGUGCUGCUGCAUAUCGUGACCACCAGCGUGUCUCUGACAUCGAGCGAGAAACCACAAGAAUGUUGAUGGGUUUUCAAAGGGAUGGAUCAUCCAGCGGGCAACCACCACCCUCUUCUAGGCUACAUGCUGCAUCACAGCAGUCACAACAUGGAGGGGAAGGAACCCGUGAUCGAGAAGGGGUUCCUCGGGGUGGGGGAAGUGGUAGAAGUUCAAAUGGUGGCAGUGGUGAUUCAACACUUACUGCAGCCAGCUUAAUUGAUGCCAUUAUUACACAUCAGAUCAACCAGAGUUCAACAGAUAGUGGUGGGAGUGGCAACCAAGGAGGAGCAUCCAGCAACCCAGCACCCACAAGGCCGGGGGACAGGCUCUUCCAGAGCUUCCAUCGUGAUCAGCAGCCACCAAUUUCAUCUCAUCAGCAGCAGCAGUCUGCACCGCAGCCACCAUCAUCUCUUCAUGUCCCUGAAUCAAAUGGAAAAGUGUCGCCACUAAAAUCAUCUCAUAGUCCCAGUGUAGUUCAUUUGGAUCAUGAUGGGCCUCCAGGCAGUCAGACCUCUGAUGGAUCUAAUAAAGCCAUUACUUUAGGCGAGCAUAUUGACUCAAUUAUAACAAAGGACUUCAGUGGGAAUAAUCCCCCUCCAGGGAGUGCAGGUAGUGGUUAUGGCCAACAGCAACAUCAUCGUAGUGUGUAUCUCCCUUAUCACCUGCCUGCCUCUGCACCCACAGUGGACAUGAUGGCAGAACACCAUAGCUGGAAAUUGCGCAGGGCACUUCAGCAUAAGGAAAUGGAAGCUGCAAGGGAACGCGAGAAGUCUGCAGCUUCAUCCAGGUCUAGCACACCGUCCAUGCAAGCUGAUGAACGCCAGAUCAUCAGGAUAGCUCAACCAGCUUCUCCAAGAGGCAGCACUACUACUUCUGGGGGUAAAGCUGCACAGUAUCAUGUUGAACCUGUUUCACCUCCUGAGUCUGGUGCUGGGGGUAUCAGUAGUGCUGCUGGUGGUCAUCACUGGUUACCAGGUGGUGGUGGUGGUGGGAAUGCUACAGGAAGUGAUCCAGUGGCAUUCUUAGCUCCUCGUCGAUUUUAUCCACCUGAUCCUAGUGCCACUGGCAAAUCACACCUCUCCCCAUUGGAUUAUGUUAAGAACCGGAUAGUGGAGGUGAUGCGAACUUCAGAGGAUGACAAACCAGACCAAGCCUCACAACAACAGCAACAGCAAAGGCAUCAUCAUCAACAGCAGCAGCAACAACAUUUUGUUAUUGGUAAACAGCAGCCACGUUCUAGUACAGCAGAUGCCCAUGGCAGUAGUUCUGAAGAAAAAUCACAGUAUCCUGUAACUGAAGGAGGACCAGACCACCAGCUUCAAAUGAAUGAUGAUGAAUCUAGGCACCAAAAUCAGCGCCAGGAUGGUGAUGUACACCACAGGAGUGAAGGUGCAGUGAAGGUUGUGGACCGUCGAAUGGAUGGUGACAAGGGGAGGGAUGAGGGGAGGGGAAGGUGUGACAGCCCAGGAGAAAUGGUUAUAGAUGAGGGUACAGCUGGGACUCCACAGGGUUCAAGUAGUGGAGAGGGCUCAAGUAAACUAGAUCCUAUAACAACCAGUGCUUCUAAAGUUCCCUCUCCAAGUAGUGUAGAUGGAAGGGUAGUGAGUGGUUUUCCACGGUCAUCUCCUUCCCCAGCAAAUAAUUCAGCAGCUCCAACAUUUUCAGUGACUGCUCCGGCAACAACUACGCCCUCAUCUGUAGCUGCUGCAUUUGUCCCAACAUACCCGUACUCAGCACUCAGUGUUCUGUCCUCUGCACGAUCUCCAAAUUCUGGUCAGACACCAACUCAAACCCAGACAAGCCAACCUGUUUCAUCAGCAGGUGGUACUCCUGGGAUGGUCCAGCAGAACAAACAACCAUCUAGUGGCUCAAGUCAAGCUCAGACAGCUAUACCUCCGCCAAGUUCCCCAGCAGACACCCCAACGUCUCGAUCAGCUGAACCAGCCCCUCUCCUCUCCUCUCAGUACGAACCUCUUUCUGAUGAGGACUGAAUGAAACAAGGACGUUUCAGAGGUAUUAAUGUAAACAGUGAGACCAGUACAUCAUUAUCCCAGACAGAUGAAACUGCUGCUUUCAGCUUUGUGUAAAACAGCCAGCCUUCAGUAACAACUGUGCUUGAUUUCUUCACUGUUCAAGAGAAACUUAGGGUUGGGGCAGGAGAAACAGAAGUUUGGAUUUAAAAAGGUGCAGUUUCUAGCACAUAGGGCUUAUAAACUUUUGGCUAAGGAAGAAGGACUAGAAGUGAAUACAUCUUGACAUCAUGGGCUAUUUGCCAGGAUGCUGGAAAAGACACCUGACAAGUGUUGUGAUUUCUGUAGGAGUGGAUACACUUUUUCUAUUCAAAAGAAAUUGUAAUGUGAUAACAUGUGACUCCUUAUAAAACCGCCCGGGCCAUAUAAAGGCUCUGUAAACUUGUUAUUUAACCAACUGUUUUGUUGGUGAAUAAUAAAAUGUUGAAAAAUUGCGGUGCAUAUAGGAGUAUCAUUAAUGUUUUCUGUUCAUAAAUGAUGGUUCAUGGGAAAGUUUCCCUUGGAACAUCAUUGCACUUAAUUGAAAAAUCAGUUGUAUAUAAUUCAUUCUUGGUUGGUAAAAGUAAUUUUCUUCUUUCCUUGUAUUCUCUUAGAACACGAAUGUGACGGAAGCUUAAUAUUAUUAAUGCUGUAAAUUACUUUUUUAAUGUACGAGAUGCUGCUAAUUAAUAUGACUUCGGAAGUGUACUGCUUUUAUUCACGGUUUUAGGACCUAAACUCGAAUGCAAUUUUUUUAAUAUAAACUAGUGACUCCGAACUUGUUCAUGAAGAGUUCAUUGUAUUUUGUAUGGGUUUCGAAUGAUUUUCUUCCUCUUUUUUUCUUUUGUGCAAAGAGAUGGGUUUGAUGGUGAGCUUGAACUAGGAUUCAAACAAGCUGUGUUUUUUUAUUACACUUUGUCUCAAUGGUGAUUUUUCUUUAGUUCAUGGCUGACGGAUUUGCAUCACCAUUCUUUUUUAUCCAUAUGUAAGACAUUUUUUUGAAAGUGAGUGAAUGUUGUUUUUAGUUUUAGGUUGAAACAUUACGGUGAAAUUUAAAACUAAGUGAAGACAGCCGAAGGUGGAAGAGACAUGUAAAAAUAAAAUUGUAAGAAAACAAAAUAACUUGGGUCUUGACAAAAUACUCAGGUCUGUGCUAUGCUAGCUAUUUGACUGUAAUGUAAAUUAAAAAAAAAAAAACCGAGGAAAAUGUUGGACACAGAAAUUUAGACUUGAGAUCAGUACCUUUUAUUGCCCAUGGUACAAACUUUUUUCCCUUCAAUUAUCUACUUCAUUUUUAAAUCGUUUUUAAAUGGUGAAUGACAAAAUAUGUGUCAGGUUUAAAACAAAACUCCUAAGGUUUUCCCUCUUUCUUUUUCAAAUGCUUCCAGGAGCAGUGGCACUUCAGGCAUCUUAGACUUACCUGGAAGCAUAUCAUCUUCAGGAUUGGUUACUAAUAUUUACUGUUUCUUGUUAGGGACCUUAUCACAAUGAAGCCCUUCCCUUUAUAUUUUGAGUCCCCUGUGAUCACCAAGUGAUCUGUGUAAGAGGGAUUCUUGGGCUGCUCCACCUCAUUGACAGACAGGUGAGAUAUACACAUACAUACAUACAUACACACACACACAGAUACAUCAGUGUACACGUACAGAGGAAACAAUCUUAGAUUGUAGGAACUAUGCUGUAGUAACCUUUGAUGUAUUAAAACAAAUUGUUAUUUUUGUUGAAAAUAAAAAUCACAAGUGUCCGUUAAAAACUAUA